AUGGCUCGCGUUCCGGCUCUUCUUUUGCUCGCCUGCCUGCUCGGCUUCUACCUGAUCAACGUGGCCCGCGCCGACUGCUACAAUUGCAUGCAGGGCGACCUGGAAACCCUUGGCGACAACGACGUGGAGAAGGCCAUCUGGCUGGCGAUCCUCGAUGGCGUCGAGGUGUCUAGUGAUUGCGAGAAUGUGAAGGAUUCGACAAAGAAGUGCACGGGGACGAACAAGUGCUCCCACGCUCACCUGGAGAAGAAGAAUGACCAAGCGAUCAUCAAGCAGUUGGAGAUCCGCACCUGCGCCACGGGAUUUUUGUUGACGAACUGGACGACGGGCUACCAACGCAAGGAGAUCCCUGGAAGUCACCUCACUGUGACGGAGCAGGCAUGCGAGGGUGAUCUGUGCAACAAGCUACCGAUGACCGAAUUGAAGCAGCGCGCUGAAGAAGCGGCCAAGCACUCGUCGACGGCCUCGUACCUCGUGCUCCCCGUCGUCACCUUCUUCGCCUCCAAUAUCCUUGCCUUCUUC